CAUCAAUAGAACUGAAUUAUCUGUAAUUCGGCAGACAUCACGAAGCAUAAACAUUAAUUGACAUUGUUAGUACAAAGUUCAGUAGAUUGAGUUACAAACAUUUGAUAAACCUACAUUUUAUAAUAGGUAUUUCAACAUUACUCGGUGAUUAUCAAUAGGAGCAGAAAAAAUUAUUAAUUCUUGUAAUCGCUCUAAUUAAAAUUUAAAAUGUUCAUAUACAUCUUGCAAAAAUCGAAAGCGUCGCUGUGAAAGUCAUUAUCCAAUUUACGAGUCAAACAUUAUUCAAUAACGCUAAAUCAAGGGCCCCAUGCUGCUGGUCGCUGCGUAGGCGACAUUAGAAACAUUUUUAGACUAUCCAUUCGUCGUUUACACACAGCACGUUAGCAGACGUUGUUCGAAAUUCGCCGUUAUAAAAAAUUUAUUCACUCGCUCGAAAAAUUCCAAAGGCGAUGUGCUAAUAUAAAUCACAUUCAAAAUGACUUCUGAAGAUGAAAAUAAACUAGACAAUAUGAAUUUAAUGGUGUUGGAUCGCGACAACAAAGAUGCUGAGAGUCAGAAAAUUACUGAAGAUCCGAUAACGAAAGCGAUCGGUGCAAUCGGCAAAUGGCAAAUAUGGAUAUGUUUUGUCAUAUUCCUUGUAAAGUUUCCAGUAGCUUGGCAUCAGAUGAGCAUCAUAUUUCUUGCACCGCCUAUGAAUUUCACUUGCGCGAGCUCUGACAAUGACUUUGGAAGCGUUUGCCUUGCUGAAUACAAGAAUUGUACCGACUUUCAAUACGAUCGUAGUGUUUUUCACGAGACGAUAAUUUCCCAAUGGAAUCUAGUAUGCAAUAGAGAAUGGUUAAAGAGCUUAACACAGACAAUCUUCAUGCUGGGAAUUCUUGUGGGCAACAUGGUGUUUGGUCACCUAUCUGACAGGUUUGGCAGACGCAUGCCAUUCGUUGCGGCGGUCUGUCUGCAGUUAGUCACAGGCGUUACCACGGCCUUCUCUGUUGACUGGUACAUGUUCACAAUCCUUCGCUUUUUGCUCGCGGUUGCCACUGGAGGAACGAUGGUCAGCAGUUUUGUUCUCAUAAUGGAAAUUAUCGGUGCAAAGUACAGAGAGACCGUCGGAAUAUUAUAUCAGAUACCCUUCAAUCUGGGACAUCUAACAUUGCCACUUUUUGGCUAUUUCUUACGAGACUGGAAUACUUUUCAACUAGCCAUAUCACUGCCUUCAGUCUUAUUUUUAAGCUACUACUUUUUGUUACCUGAAUCACCAAGAUGGUUGAUAACAUCUGGCAAAGCUAAAGAAGCUGCAGUUAUAAUGGAAACUGCUGCUAAAAGAAACGGCUUACCCACUGAUGAAAUCGCAACAACAACACAGAAAAUAGCCGCAGGACUGAGCAAUGCGGAUGAAGAGCAUGCAUCAUUCCUAGCUCUGUUCCGUACUCCGAAGUUGCGUGCGCGCACUAUUGCUAUUUGCUUUAACUGGUUCGUUUGCGGGCUUUGUUUCUUUGGAGUGUCGCAGUACAUCGGACAUGUGUCUGGAGAUAUAUUCUCCAAUGUCGCAGUUUCGGCCGCCAUUCAGGUUCCUGGUACACUGAUUUCGAUAUACGCCAACCGAGUUCUCGGACGUAAAGUGACUUUAAUCAGUGCCAAUUGUGUCACCGGCCUGAGCUGCUUGCUCAUCAUGGUGGUUCCGGACACUGGUGCCAGUCACUUGAGCCUCGGCUGCAUCGGUCUAUGGGGCAUGAGCAUUUCCUUCGCCACGGUAUACUUGUACGCCGGAGAACUCUUCCCCACUGUUGUACGGAAUUCUGGCGUAGGUUUAGCAUCGACUGUUGCAAGAAUCGGUUCUAUGGUAGCGCCAUUCGUUGCUACUUUAAGACUAACAUAUUUUUGGCUUCCACCUUUAGCGUUUGGUAUUGUACCAUUAAUUGGUGCAGGACUCUGUUUAGUAUUACCUGACACUCGAGGAAAGAAACUUCCAGAUACUUUAGAUGAAGGUGAAGCGUAAAGAUCUCUGUUAAUUAAUGAAGGAGGCUAAUUUAUUUUAGUGUGAUAUAACUAUUAUAUUAUCGAUUUUAUAAAAAAAAUGACAAAAAUGUAAGGUAAUGUAAGGUAUUCUUUAGUAUAAAAGUCUAUUAAAAUAGGCUGUGAUAAGUUAAAGUAAGUUUGUAAAAAAAGUAAUUUAAAGAUUGCUUUAUAUUUUAAGAUAAAUAUGAAAAUAAUAUGUCCAGUGUAAAUGAUUUUAUUGAUUUUUUUUUAUAAAAUUCCACCGCUAUCAAUGAUAAGUGUAUAGCAAAUAUUCUUCAGCGUAUUUGAUAAUACAAUGCAAAAACAAUUUCACGACAUUUAUUCAAUAUUUCAGCCGACGCGGCGCCUGAGAAUUUAUCUGUCCAUAAUAAAUAUUUUUCUGAUUGA